AUGACUAGUGAGCAGCAAUCUGUCUUUUGUAACCAAAUCAAUUCUGCAUCAUUUGGUGAGAGUAAGAUAGAUCAAAGCCUAAUUCAACGACGAAAUGCUAAUUACAAGCCAAACAUUUGGAAGUACGACAUCCUGCAGUCACUUAAAAGUCAAUAUUCAGAAGGGAAAUACAAAAGAGAAGCACAAAAGUUGAAAGAGGAAGUUUGGUGGCUUGUGGCAGAAAUAGAGAAUCCAUUGGCCAAGUUAGAGCUUAUAGAUAGCAUAAACAAAAUGUCCCUCUCUCAUCUGUUUGACAAGGAAAUCAUGGUGUUUCUACAAAACAUGGAAUUUGCAAAGAAGCUGAAGGAUUCUGGCGUUGAAAUGGAUCUCUAUUCAACUGCCUUAUAUUUUAGGAUUUUUAGGCAGUAUGGCUAUAAUGUGACACAAGAUGUAUUCCUUAGCUAUAUGGAUGAGAUGGGUGAACAGAUCGAGGUAGACGCAAACAUGGAUCCAAAAGCAAUGAUGCAACUAUUUGAAGCUUCUCACUUGGGCUUAAGGGAUGAAAAUAUGUUGGAUGAGGCUAGAAUAUUUUGCACUAAGAAUUUGAAAAUUAGUUGUAAUAAUAUUAUUCCAAUGGAAAUGCCACUGCAUUGGAAGGUGGAAUGGUACAACACUAGAAAGCAAAUCUCCAAACAGGAAAACGAAAAAGAAGAAAGGGUGUCAAACUUGAAGCUUCUUCAAUUAGCUAAACUCAACUUCAAUAUGGUUCAAGCUGAGCAUCAGAAAGAUCUUGUCGAUAUUUUGAGGUGGUGGACGAAUUUGGGACUGAUAGAAAAUGUAAGCUUCAGCAGAGAUAGAAUUGUCGAAAGCUUUUUGUGGUCCGUGGGUGUUGCUUUUGAGCCUCAACAUUCUAAUUUUAGGAAUUGGCUCACCAAAGCUAUCACUUUCAUUAUAGUAAUUGACGAUGUCUACGACAUUUAUGGCACUUUGCAAGACCUACAACUAUUCACCGAUGCUGUUGUCAGAUGGGAUCCUAAGGAAGUUGAGGAAUUACCAUCAUGUAUGCAAAUCUGUUUUAGGAAACUAUAUGAUACCACAAAUGAUGUAGCUCUCGAAAUUGAGCAACAAAAAGGCUGGAAUUUUCCAGUGUCAACAUAUCUACAAAAAGUGUGGGCAGAAUUUUGCAAAGCAUUGCUUGUGGAAGCUAAAUGGGAUUCAACGGGUUAUACACCAACACUUGGUGAAUAUUUAGAUAAUGGAUGGAAAUCAUCAGGUGGCACUGUGCUAUCUCUUCAUGUUCUUCUUGGUUUGGCUCAAGAUUUCUCCCAAGUUGAUGAUUUUCUUGAAAAUGAACAAGACCUUAUAUACUAUUCCUCCCUUAUAAUCAGGCUUGGAAACGACCUUGGGACUUCAACGGCUGAAUUGGAAAGAGGAGAUGUGUCUUCAUGUAUCUUGUGCUACAUGAGGAAAGAAAAUGUUAAGGAAGAUGUAGCAAGGAAGCAUAUCGAAGAGAUGGUGAUAGAAACAUGGAAGAAAAUGAACAAACAUUGUUUUGCGAAUUCAUCAUCUACAUUAAUAAAGUACAUAAUGAAUAUUGCCCGUGUUACACAUUUCAUAUAUCAAAAUGGAGAUGGAUUUGGUGUUCAAGAUAGAGAAACUCGACAACAAAUCUUAUCUUCUUUGGUUCAAUCUCUUCCUCUCAAUUGAUGACAACAAAUAGUACAUACGUCUACACAUGCAACGCAUAU